AUGCCAGAUGAAGAGAAAAGUGAAGACAGUGAACUAUCCUUUGAUGAUGAUAACGAUAAUGAUGAUAGUCGCCAAGAAAGCAUCAGCACACUGGAAUCAUCAAGUCAGCGCAGAAAGUCAAGAGCAUUGCGCCGAAUGUCUAGUUUACUCAAAGCCCAGUUGAAUAUUGGCUUUCCGAGUACCUAUACUGUCCAGUUAAUCCAAUGGUCUAUGGAACUAGAGCGAGAACGUGAACGUCAGCUAAUGAAAGUGGCUAUACGAAAAUCACAAUGGGAUCAGUGGAGUAGACGUAGCACUAUUCUGUUUCAAUCGAUCAGACAGCCAGUGAUCAUUCCAUUACCAUGCGCUGUAAGAAAUGCUUUGCAUGAAACACAAAUAUUUUGGACUGCUAUACAACUGAUUCUAGUCAUUUGGUUUAUGUCAAAAGUUGACUGGCAGUUAAGGCUAUGCGAUCCGUUGAGAGAAUUUCCUAAUUAUACACCCAGACGAAUGCCUUGGUUACCAGGACAAUAUGAAAUGCAUUUGCGUUUUAAAGUGGCACUGAUUAUGAUAACAUUGAUUUAUAUUCCUGGAGUGAUUGUACACUUUAAUUAUGUACUGGACGAUUGCCCAGACGAGUAA